CACCAGAAUCAGCUCAUGGUGGACCGACCAUCAUCAGCCUCUCUCACACUCUCACUCUCUAUCCUACCCUGGUGGUUUCGCUUCUUUGCAUUCCCUUCGUUUUAUCUUUAAGCUUAUCAGCUAGCUGCCGGGCAGUUCUUCAUUCAAAAUGCACACCCCUUCGUUCAUCCACAUUGCCGUCACCGGCCUGGCCGCCGCCUCGGCUGUUUCCAGCUUCUCUCUUGGCGCUCCCUCCGGUGUUGUCAGCAGACAUGUCGGCGCUCUCGUGGCACUUGCCGCUCCGGCACUAGCCUUCCCCAUUGCCGAGACCCCCUCCGAGCUGGUCGCCAGGCAACCUCACCACCAAGGAAAGCGCACCAAGGCCAAGGGCAAUGGCCCCGCCGCCAAGGCAAAGGGUGUCAAGCGCGAUCUGGCCGAGGACCACGAGGAGGAUGAGGAGCACGACCUCGAGACUCGCGAGCCUCACCACCAGGGCAAGCGCACCAAGGCCAAGGCUAAGGGUGCUAAGCGCGAUCUGGCCGAGGACCACGAAGAGGAUGAGGAGCACGACCUCGAGACUCGCGAGCCUCACCACCAAGGCAAGCGCACCAAGGCUAAGGCCAAGGGUGCUAAGCGUGAUCUGACCGAGGAAAACCACGACGAGGACGAGACUGAGCUCGAGACUCGCGAGCCUCACCACCAGGGCAAGCGCACCAAGGCCAAGGGCAAGAACUAG